AUGUCUUCUAGGUCUUCCAGAGGCCAGGAAGACAGAUAUAGGAGCAGAGGCGAAGAAGGCUUUGGUGUUAGGCAGAUGAAAAUCAUGAUGGAAAGGAGAGAGAUGGAGCACGCACGACUGAUGAAAACCUUGAAGAAGUGUAAAGAAGAAAACCAGGAGGCCCUGAAAAUCAUGAAUGAAGUGCAGGAACAUUUGGAGGAAGAAGAAAAGUUAUUCCAGGCAUCUUGUGUGGAUUCCUGGGAUGGAUGCAGGCCAUGCCUGAACAGUAACUGCAUGAGAUUUUACACAGCUUGCCAACCUGUUUGGUCCUCUGUGAAAAAUAUGAGCUGGGUCAGAGAGACCUGCCUCCAGAGAUGUUACCUGAGCCAAAUGGAGGAAAUUAACCAGAAUUUAUCCGGAUGUCUGAAAUUUCAAAAAAGAUGCCAAAAUUGUCACAGUGACCUAUCUGAAGACUGCCCUGAUGUACCUGAAUUCCUUGAGGCUCUGAAAUUAGUCAAUAUAUCCACUCAGCAAUAUGAUCAGAUUGUUUGGAUGGUCCAGUAUCAUAUGGAAGACAUCACAUAUCUGAUGGAAAAGAUGCAAGAGCAGUUUGGAUGGGUGUCUCAACUAGCAACCCAUAAACCAGUGACUGUGGGCAUCUUUAACUCAACAAAGGUAAGGACCCCAGAGCAGAAAUGACGUGUGUUAUCUCUAUUCUGCUAGUUACUGACUACAGCUGACUUUGGAAACAAGCUGAAGAGGAAUAUGUGUUACUCCACGGUGAUUGUAUCCAAGCCCAUUUGGCUUAACACAGUUCAUGGUCUAGAAAGAUGGCUCAAUCUUUUAGAUCAGCUACCCAUAAGGCUGAGGUAGGAAGGUCUUUAGUUCAAGGCCUGAAUGGGCUACGUAAUGAAUUCUGUGCCGGCCUAGACAACUUAGUGUGACCCUGUUUCAAAACAUAACAAAACAAAAAUACUAAAAGGGCUAGAAAUGUAUCUUAGUGGUGGAUUUGCCUAGCAUAUCUGGGUUCCGUACUGAGUGGGGAUGAGGUCGUAAAAUACAAAAGUAUUUUAAAUCUAAAAUGACUAAUUCUUCUCAUUGUGAUAGGGUUGUAGCUGAUAGUGACAACCUUCAACUGGCUAAUACAGAUUUUAAGAAAGAAGACUUGUAGGUAAAGUAGAGUUCAGAAUUAGACACCAGGGCUGGAGAAAUGGCUCAGUAACUAAGUGCAUUUGCUCCUCUUGCAGAGGACCCAGAUGUGAUGCCCCGUACCUUCCUACCUACUGCUCCUGGGCGUCUGAUGCCCUCUUCUGGCUUCCUGAGGAGUCAGGCCUGCGAGUGAUGUACAGACAUAAAUUCAGGCAAAACUACCAUUGCAUAAAGUAAAUAAAAAAUUUA